AUGGCGGAAGAUAACCAAAAUCCACCUGAAGAACUGAUGAGUCACUUCUUAAACCCUAAUUUCUCGCAUCCAACUGCGAGUAUUAGGAGACCUCAAAUCCAUGCCAACAACUUUGAAAUAAAAGCCUCUUUCCUGAAUUUAAUUCAAAGUAAUCUAUUCGAAGGAGACCCGAUCGAAGACCCAAACCGCCACAUCACUAAAUUCUUACAAUUGUGUAGCCUCAUCAAAGCUAAUGGGGUUCCUCCUGAAGAAAUCCGUUUGAUGAUGUUUCCCUUUUCUUUAAAAGGAAGAGCACUUAAUUGGCUGGAAUUGCAACCUGCUAAUAGCAUCUCCACGUGGGAAGAUUUGGUUGAGAAAUUCCAAAAGAAGUUCUUCCCAUUAUCCCGAUUCUCUGAGUUGAAGGAACAAAUUGACAACUUCAAGCAACUCGAAGGCGAAUGUCUGUGCGUAGGAUGGGGAAGAUUUAAAGAACUAAUCAGGAGAUGUCCCCAAUACGUUUUAUCUAAUGGCGAGAAGGUCCGAAUUUUCUACAAAGGAGUUACUCCAACUUAUCGAGUACUUCUUAACGCUGCAGCUGGAGGGAGUAUCGGAGAAAUCACUCCCACAAGGGCUAUUGAACUAAUUGAGAAGAUGGCAUCUGAAGACAACGAUGUCACACCAGUUCAACCUAAGAAAGGAGUGUUGCAGUUAGAUGGGUACGACGCUAUGUUAGCCAAACAAGACAAGAUGGAUCAAAGGUUGGAUUCACUUGUUAAACUCUUUACCCAAAAUCAAAUCUCUGCGGUUAAUUCGCAAUUUCCUGUAGUUUGCGACACUUGUGGUGGACCACACACUCCUGAAAACUGUGACGCUACAGUAACGAUUGAUCCGGCUCAGGUUCAUGGAAUCUGGAAUAACCAGAGGAGAGAAAAUCCUUAUGGAAAUACGUAUAAUCCGAGCUGGAGAAACCAUCCUGGUCUGUCAUACAAAUCUGGGCAUCAACAAAAUAAUGCAAAUUUCCAACAAGAUCAACCUAAUCAGAAAGCCGCUUGGGAAGUUGCAUUUGAAAAGAUGACUCAAUCUCAAACAAAUUUCGCAGAAGAAACGAGAGCAUCUUUUAAGAAUCAAGAAGCUUCCAUAAAGAAUCUGGAAAAUCAAAUCGGUCAGCUUGCUAGACAGAUGGCCGAAAGACCUCCAGGUAAUUUUCCUAGUGACACAAUCGUUAAUCCUAAAGGACAGUGUAAAGCUAUAACUACAAGAAGUGGAAUCGUAAUCACACCUGUAGAAAAGACUACCACUGCAUCAAGCAGUAAAAACGACUCAGAAAAAGAAAAGCCUGCUGAAGAAAAUGUUGAUGGUCAUGUUGAUAGAGAUGUCACAAUUAUUGGAGGACCAUUAAAUGAUACCCCACGUAAAAAAAUCGUAAAGAAGCCUUCUUUGGAAGAACGAAUGAAAGCGCUGGGAGACAACCCGUAUGUUAAAGCCCCAUAUCCUCAAAGGCUGAAACAAUCAGCACAAAAGCAACAGUAUUCUAAAUUUUUAGAAAUGUUUAAAAAGCUGCAAAUAAAUAUUCCAUUCGUUGAAGCCUUAGAAAAUAUGCCAAGUUAUGCAAAGUUUAUGAAAAGCUUGCUUUCAAGAAAGCACAAGCUUAAAGAAGAAAUGGAAACAGUGUCUUUGACAGCGGAAUGCAGUGCUAUUAUUCAAAAGAAAAUACCACCAAAGCUUCAAGAUCCUGACAGAUCUAUAAAGAGGCCUGAAGGAGUGGUUGAAGAUGUGUUGGUAAAAGUAAAUGACUAUAUUUUUCCUGCAGAUUUUGUGGUUUUAGAUAUGGAAGCAGAUACUGAAGUACCUCUUCUCUUAGGAAGACCUUUCUUAGCCACAGCUAGAGUCUUAAUUGAUGUUGAGCAGGGAGAGCUUCUAUUUAGGGUCAAUGGUGAGCAAUUUACAGUCAAUGUUUUUGAAGCCAUGAAAUGCCCAGAAGAAAAAGGUGACUGUUUUCAAAUCGACGUGAUUGACAAAGCUGUAGCAGCAAUCACAGAUGAAAUUAAUGCAGCACCAACAAUUGCAGAAUUAUUUGCUAAGAUUUUACAAACUCCUGAACCGCUAAAUGGAAGCUUUGUUGGAAGAAGUUGUAAAAGCAAUUGA